AUGAUAAAGCGUAAUGUGAGCCCAACCGAAACGAACAAGUAUUCUAACAAGAAAGCGAAAACAUCCCCAAAAGAAACAAACACAACUCAAACUUUCCUGUCUGCCUGGGUCAAACCUUCUCCCGCGAAGGACGCGUCUUUUGAGGAAAAAGACUCGAAAAAACCCGCGUUAAGUUUCGAGACAGUCACCAAAGGCCUUGACGGUGAUAAAAAAGAAUUGUUGAAAUUGGAAGCUGAGACUAUGGACGGGGAAUGGUUGAGAGCGUUGGGUGUCGAAUUAAAGAAACCUUACUUUCUUCAGUUGAAAAAGUUUCUGAAGGGUGAAAAAGAAAGUAAUAAAACCGUAUUUCCACCUGAACGAGACAUAUACAGCUGGUCAAGAUAUACUCCCUUAUCAAACGUGAAAGUUGUGAUCGUUGGCCAAGGAUUAUGCUUCAGCGUACAAAACGGGGUACGAUGCCCGCCAUCUCUUCUCAACAUCUACAAAGCACUAAAAAUUGAUUUUCCGUCAUUUGAGAUCCCAAAGCAUGGAAACCUCGAGAACUGGGCAAAAGAAGGCGUUCUCCUAUUGAAUGCUUCAUUAACCGUUCGUGCUCACGAUGCAGCAAGUCAUAGUAAUAAAGGAUGGGAGAAAUUUACUGAUGCGAUAAUUCAGUAUCUCAACGAAAAGAAAAACAACAUAGUGUUUAUGCUAUGGGGUGCACACGCUCAAAAGAAAGGCAAAAAUAUAAACAAAUCUAAACAUCUUGUGCUCACAGCGGCUCAUCCAUCUCCACUAUCAGCACAUCAUGGAUUCUUCGAAUGUCAUCACUGGUCAAAAGCUAACGAAUUUUUAAAAAACCGCGGUAGAAAUCCAAUUAAUUGGAAUUGUUUAGCAAAUUCACAGGUUCAAAGUAGUAAAGCUGCUGCCGACAUCACUCUUACCGCUCCUACCCCUACUACCACGACCGCCGCUAAUUCUGAACUCGAGGUGCAAAGUAGUAAAGCUGCUGCCAAUGAAGCUUCAGCUAUCGAGGAUAAUAAAUCUGAAUGA